AUACAAAGUGCAAUCGAAUAUACCACCUUAAAGACUGUGACACAACGUACAGAAAUUUGGUAUGAUCCUAAAAUUUACAGCUCUGAUAUAGAUAUGGACAGAGAGUUCGUUGAAUUGUAUUACCAAAUGGAAGGGGAUGAUAUGGUGGGUGUUGGGUAUCAAUCACCUUGGGUUUUAAGAUUCGAACUUAAUCAUGGUGUGAUGCUAGAUAAGAAACUACACAUGGAUACUGUUGGAUAUAAAAUACAAGAGAAUUUUUCAGCUGAUAUACAAGCAAUUUGGAGCGAUGAUAACGCCGAAAAUAAAGUUAUACGAUGUCGAAUUAAAAUUGAACCCGGAAAAGAUCAUACCGACGAAGAGGGGAAAAGAAUUGAAGAAGAUGUGUUUUUGAAACGUGUUGAAAACAAUAUGCUCACUAACAUUGGUCUACGUGGUAUUAAAGGUAUAAAACGCGUAUAUUUAACCGAAAGUCAAAAAACACGUAUUUAUAUAAAUGAUGUUGGCAAAAUUGUCAAAGAAAAUGAAUGGAUGCUCGAAACUGAUGGCACAAAUUUAUUAGAGGUGCUUAAUGUUGAAAAUGUAGAUCAUAGGCGUAGUUACUCUAACAAUUGUGUGGAAAUCAUGGAGGUGUUCGGUAUAGAAGCAACUAGAGCUGCCUUAUUAAGAGAACUUCGUAGU